AGUUAAUUUUAAAAAAAAAUCCCUCCUAACCAAAAAGACUACAAUGGCCAAUGAGACUGAAGAGUGCAAAUCACAUAUCAAUGGCUUUAUCCGCAUUGGGGCCCAUCCCUUGCAUGUUCCCUCUAGAAGAAAGACCGCAACAUGAACAAACCGAAACCUCAGCACAUGACCAAAAAAGCUGACGAAAAUGCAAAGAUAACAACAAAGAGGAACAAAUCAAAAUCAGUCAUCACUCGUCACUUCAACUCCACCCCGAGCUCACCCUCUCAACAAACAAAUCUUCACCUCCAUCAUCAUGCAUAAAUCAUAAUAAAGUUUCCAUCUUUCCCACAAUCUUUCCCAGCUCGGGCCCUUCCAGCACUUGAAUAGGAUAGGGAGUCUCUUGACUGAGGUUGAGAGAAGCAAUGGGUUCAGCUUCAUCCCUUUUGGGCAUUUUCAGUUUCUUUCUUUUUGGGAUUCUUUCACUAAACCAAUGUUCCGGAACCGCUGUCGAUUCCCAGUUAGCAUUGCUCCAUGUCGAUGCCUCAGAAGCAUCAGCUAAGAAAAUACCCAACACGUUGUUUGGUUUAUUCUUUGAGGAAAUUAAUCAUGCUGGUGCUGGUGGUCUGUGGGCAGAGCUUGUGAGCAACAGAGGUUUUGAGGCCGGGGGUCAGAAUAUCCCCUCCAACAUUGAUCCUUGGUCAGUUAUAGGGGAUGAAUCUUCUUUGACUGUCUCCAGUGAUCGCUCGUCUUGCUUCGAGCGCAACAAAAUUGCACUCCGACUAGCAAUUCAUUGUGGUGGUGAAGGUGCAAAUGAUUGUCCAAAUGGGGGAGUUGGAGUUUACAACCCUGGUUUCUGGGGCAUGAAUAUAGAGCAAGGGAAGAGUUAUAAACUCGUGUUCUAUGUACGAUCACUUGAAACGCUUAAUGUUUCGGCAUCAUUGACUGCUUCAAAUGGGCUGCAGAAGUUGGCUACUGCUAACAUUAUUUCCUCUGAUGUUUCUAACUGGACAAAAAUAGAGGUGCUUCUGGAAGCAAAGGGAACAGAUCAGAAUUCGAGACUGGAGCUGACUACGACAAAGAAAAGUGUCAUAUGGUUCGAUCAAGUGUCAUUGAUGCCUGUUGAGACAUACAAGGGGCAUGGCUUUCGAAAUGACCUGUUUGGGAUGCUUAAAGAUUUGAAACCAGCAUUCCUCAGAUUUCCAGGUGGAUGUUUUGUUGAAGGUGAAUGGCUGAGAAAUGCGUUCCGGUGGAAAGAAACCAUCGGAGCAUGGGAAGAGAGGCCAGGGCAUUUCGGUGAUGUUUGGCAUUACUGGACUGAUGAUGGGUUAGGGCAUCUUGAGUUCCUUCAGCUUGCAGAAGAUUUGGGGGCACUGCCAGUAUGGGUGUUCAAUAACGGAAUCAGCCAUAAUGACCAAGUCGAUACGUCAAGCAUCUUACCAUUUGUGCAAGAGAUAUUAGACGGGAUUGAGUUUGCGAGGGGGGACCCCACCUCAACAUGGGGUUCAGUUAGAGCUGCUUUGGGUCACCCAGAACCAUUUGAUUUGAGAUACGUUGCGAUUGGGAACGAAGACUGUUGGAAGUCAAAAUAUCGUGGAAAUUACCUCAAGUUCUACUCUGCAAUCAAACAAGCCUAUCCAGAUAUUCAUAUAAUCUCAAACUGUGAUGGCUCUUCCCAACCAUUGAAUCAUCCGGCUGAUUUAUACGAUUAUCAUAUUUAUAGCUCCGCUAGUACGGUGUUUUCUUUGGCCAACAAAUUUGAUCACGUGCCACGAAGCGGUCCAAAGGCUUUUGUGAGUGAGUAUGCGGUGACUCUAAAUAAAGAUUGUGGCAAAGGCAGCCUUUUGGCUGCAUUGGCCGAAGCUGGUUUUCUUAUUGGGAUUGAAAGAAACGGUGAUGCUGUUGAAAUGGCAAGUUACGCACCUCUGUUUGUGAACGAAAACGACAGGACGUGGAACCCAGAUGCCAUUGUUUUCACUUCGUCACAAGCGUAUGGAACUCCUAGUUACUGGAUGCAGCAAUUUUUCGGCGAGUCUAAUGGCGCAACUCUGUUGAGCUCUACCCUCACAACCAACCUUUCAAGUUCUCUUCUUGCUUCUGCUAUCACUUGGCAGAACUCUGAAGAUAAUCAUGAGUAUUUGAGGAUAAAGGCUGUUAACAUUGGGGGCAGCAAUGUGACUCUUAAAAUCACCAUAGAUGGGCUUCAGCAGAACUCCAAACAGUUAUUCGGAUCAAUGGAAACCGUGUUAACCUCUAGUAACGUUCUCGACGAGAAUUCCUUUGUCGAGCCUAAAAAGGUGAUACCUAAGAAAAACAUGCUGCAAAUUGCAGGUGAGAAGAUGGAUGUCGUGCUCCUUCCACAUUCCUUCACUUCGUUCGACUUCUUGGUAAAACUGACUGGAAUCAAGACUCUCGAAUCGGGUGCUAACCAUAAAUCUUCAUACUGAUGAGGAUAUAUCCUAUCUAUGUUUGUAUCUUAAAAAUAUAUGAAGGGAAUAAAGCAAUGUGAUGAUAUGAUAUGUGUAAUGUGUGUGUGGUUGUGUUCUUAUAAUGUUUGGCUAUAUAUGUUGCUCUCUUUCCAGUCUGCAUAAGCUAUGUGAUCUUUUUUUUUUCCUUCUUUAGUGUGGGUCAUAGUUUGAAAACUCAUUGUAUAGUGUGCACAAAAAGAAGCUAUAAUAGUUAUGAAAUGAACAUUUCAUUUUUUA